GGGCUUCCCUUCCGUAUCCACAUGAAAGUUAGUCCGCCCAAUAGUUUCAAGUUUGAAAGGCGUUGGUUCGGGACUUUUGUCUACAAAAGGAAAAAAAAAAAAAAGGGCGUUGGACCUUAAUCUUCUUAUCUUUUUCUUUUUGAUUGAUGUUUUAUAGUCGAUGCGCCCUUUAUUUCAGUAACAGUGAGAAGACAUUUUGAAAUUCAAAAACCUUAUUAUGGUUCAAUGACCCCAAUCGGAUCCCCCACCGAAGAAAAAGCAACGGUAAUAAUGACUGGAGCCUUCCAGAUUUUGCCGCGUAGCAGUAGACCCCACUAACCAAUGACGUGUCAACAUCAACUUUAUUUUGUUUUAUUUAUAUUCGUACAACCCCCCACAUAACGGCUCCUCCCGCGCCCCCUUUUCCCUCUCAGAAUCUCGCUCAAAAUCAAGCGUUACGUUUUCUCUCUUGUUUUAUCCGCAAUUCCCUCAUCUAAUCAAAUCCAAAAUCAUUCGUCAUCUGCAAUUGGAUCUCCGAUCAUCAAUCACCUCCGCUUGGUACUGAGCGACAACCGUUGCCAAUUUCGAAAAAGUCCACGUUGAAAGUUGAAUUGAGAAAAGGAAAAUAAAACUAGAAUAUUGCCGGCUCCAUGUUAAAUCAUUACAGUGAGCAGUUUGCGCGCAUUGAAACAACUUGCGGAUCAUUGUUGUGUGAAUUACAGAAACUAUGGGAUGAAGUUGGGGAGGCUGAUGACCAACGGGAUACAAUGCUUUUUGAACUCGAACAAGAGUGCCUCAAGAUCUACAUGAAAAAGGUAGACGAGGCAAAAGAAUACAGAACUAAAUUGCAACGAGAUAUUGCCAAUGCCAAGGCAGAAAUUUCAGAUAUCUGUACUUCUAUAGGGGAGAAGUCAGUGCAUCAUGAUUUGAAUCCUGGCGGGAACUUGAAGGAAGAGCUUGAAACCAUUAGUCCACUGUUGGAGGAUAUGCGUAGGAAGAAAGUGGAAAGAAUUAAUCAAUUUGUUGGAGUUCUAGAACAAAUACAAAAAUUAUCUAAUGAGAUUUUGGGGGUUAAAGAACAAAAUGGCAAUAAGGUGCUUGUUGACGAGACCAAGCUCUCCCUAAGAAGACUUGAAAAAUUACAGAGUGAGAUGCAUGAACUUCAAAAUGAGAAGAUCAAUCGUUUGAAUCAGGUGCAAGACCACCUAAAUACUAUAAACUCACUGUGCACAGUCCUUGGUAUGGAUUUCAAGCAAACAGUGUGUAGAAUCCACCCUACCUUGGAUGAUUUGAAUGCAGAAAAAGAUGCAAGUAACAAUACAAUUGCAAGGUUGGCUGCUCAAAUUCAAAGUCUGCUGGAGCUAAAGAUAAAGAGAAUGCGGAAGAUUCAAGAUCUUGCAUCUGCAUUGUUGGAGCUUUGGCAUUUGAUGGAUACUCCAAUAGAGGAACAACAGAUGUUUCUGAAUGUUACCUGUAAAAUUGCAGCUUCUGAACCUGAAAUUACAGAGCCCAAUAUGCUCUCCAUUGACUGUAUUAAAAAAGUUGAGGAGGAAGUGUCUAGGUUGCAGCAGCUCAAAACAAGUAGAAUGAAGGAAAUUGUUCUGAAAAAGAAGGUUGAAUUAGAGGAUAUGUGCAGAAGGACUCACAUGGUGAUGGAAGCACUUAUUUCAAUAGAUUAUUCGAUUGAAGCUAUGGAGUCUGGUGCCAUUGAUCCUCUGUACCUGUUGGAACAAAUUGACCUUCAUAUUUCGAAGGUUAGAGAGGAAGCUUUCAGCCGCAAAGAUAUACUCGAGAAGGUGGAGAAGUGGUUGGCUGCAUGUGAAGAAGAGGGUUGGCUGGAAGAGUACAAUAGGGAUAACAACCGUUAUAAUGCUGGAAGAGGAGCACACCUCACUCUGAAACGGGCUGAGAAAGCUCGAGCAUUUGUUAACAAAAUUCCUGCAAUGGUGGAAGCUUUGACUUUAAAAACCACAGCUUGGGAGAAAGAGAGAGGAACUGUGUUCUUGUAUGAUGGAGGACGACUUCUUUCUGUGCUUGAGGACUACAGCAGCCUAGGGCAAGAAAAAGAAUUAGAGAGGCAGAGACAGAGAGACCAAAAGAAACUUCACGGACAGCUGAUAGCAGAGCAGGAAGCUCUUUAUGGUUCAAAACCCAGCCCAUCCAUGCGAGGAAAGAAGGCUUCUAGAACUUCAACAGCCGCUGCCAGUAAUAGGAAACUCUCCUUCGGUGGAGCAAUGCUGCAGCAACUAAAGCCUGAGAAACUUGCUAUCCGUCUCCACCCCAAUAAGAAGGCUGACUAUUUGAAGGAAAACAGCUUGGUCAAUCACCAGCGAUCCAGUGGUUUUGCAUCUCACUCUGGUAGGAGAAGCUCUGAAGUUUCUGGUCGUGUAGUAAAAAAGCAACCCUUACGUGCGGUAAAGGUGCGUGAGAUUGAGUCACCAGCAGUUCGAAAGCCUCUUUCUCCCAUUUCUUUUGCCGUGAACUCCAAUGCCAACAUUGUGAGUUUCAAAGAAGAUAAGCAAAAAGUGAAGAAUGAGCUAAGAUUAGAUCCUGGUUGCAAGACACCAACGGGUAUGCCUUCCAAGCCAACUUUUUUAAUUGGUGACGAUGAAAACAGAACCCCGAAAGCGAAGCCCGUUCCAAUACCAACAACUCCUUCAACGGUAUCAGCUCCUAUGCUUAUGGCAAUAACACCAGCUACUCCAGCAACCUUGGGUGCUUAUAAAGUUGAAAAAAUUGUGGAACAAGGUCAACAAAUUGAGUACUCUUUUGAAGAGGUUAGAGCUGGGUUUUUUCUGUCCUAAAGCCCCUCAAAAACCCGUCUCUAACUUGCGUCCGGUGGUAAUUAAUUCCCAGUCAACCUUCAUCCUUUGCAACUUUUCUAUUUUUAUUUUUUAUACGCAGAGAAAAAAAAAAAGUUCUGCCUUUUUAUUCGAGUGGUUAAAGUCAAAUUCGAUUGACUUUCUUAAUGUGGUUGUAACUAAGCAUCCGAUUGUGGACUUUAGUGUCAAAAUCCGUUUGACUGUUGAGAGUGUUGAAUUUGAAUCAUACUUGGACAAGUUUAGGUUGAUUGGUUUGCAAAUCAUGAGUUUUUUACUUUUAACCAAUUUUUAAUGUAUUACAUUUAUUUCAUCAGUGCUGUCAGGCACUCGUCAGAAAUGAAGACCCUCGAUCUUCUUGGUUGAGACAUUUAUUUAAGCGCUCAGACCAAAUCUAUAAUUUCCAAUUACUGGUCAGGAAGUUGGGGACAGCUUAUCUUAAAUUAAAUUUCGAAAAGAUUCAAAGAAUAGGGCCCUGUCUUGAUGGGCAUGUCCACCAAUGACAGUCUGGCUGUCUCUCAGACAUGCGUAUCUCGGACAAGUGUAACUUAUUGAUUCACCAACCUUAGGUCAGGAUUUCAUUUGACUGUCUCAGACACGAAGGAUCUCAAC